CGGUCUUGCUUGGUUUAAUGAUCAAUUUAUCCCCGCUGGGAGGUCACAUUAGACCUGGUUUGGCCCUCAUUCCCUCGGGCUCCGAGAAGGCACCUGCUGCAGGAUGGCGUUGGACAACUCCACCGGCGACCCUCAUGUGCCUUGGGCACAGCUGAGCUUGGCUGACAUCAUCGUCAUCACAGUGUACUUCGCCUUGAAUGUGGCCGUGGGGAUAUGGUCCUCCUGUCGAGCCAGCAGGAACACAGUGAGUGGCUACUUCCUGGCCGGCCGGGACAUGAUGUGGUGGCCGAUUGGAGCCUCCCUCUUUGCCAGCAGCGAGGGCUCAGGCCUCUUCAUUGGACUGGCAGGCUCAGGUGCAGCUGGAGGCCUGGCUGUGGCAGGCUUUGAGUGGAAUGCCACAUACGUGCUGCUGGCCCUCGCAUGGGUGUUUGUGCCUAUCUACAUCUCCUCAGAGAUUGUCACCAUGCCUGAAUACAUUCAGAAGCGCUACGGAGGCCAGCGGAUACGCAUGUACCUGUCUGUCCUGUCCCUGCUGCUGUCUGUCUUCACCAAGAUAUCGAUCGACCUGUAUGCGGGGGCUCUCUUUGUGCACAUCUGCCUGGGCUGGAACUUCUACCUGUCCACCAUCCUCACUCUCGCCAUCACAGCCCUAUACACCAUCGCAGGAGGCCUGGCUGCUGUGAUCUACACAGAUGCCCUGCAAACGCUCAUCAUGGUGGUGGGGGCUGUUAUUCUCACUGUGCAAGCUUUUGACCGGAUUGGUGGGUAUGAGCAUCUGGCGGCAGCCUACAGCCAGGCUGUCCCGAACAGGACUAUCGCCAACACCACCUGCCACCUGCCACGGGCAGAUGCCAUGCACAUGUUCCGUGACCCCUCCACUGCGGACCUCCCGUGGACUGGGAUGACUUUUGGCCUGACCAUCAUGGCCACCUGGUACUGGUGCACUGACCAGGUCAUCGUGCAGCGGUCGCUGUCUGCCCGGAACCUGAACCACGCCAAAGCGGGCUCCAUCUUGGCCAGCUACCUCAAGAUGCUGCCCAUGGGCCUGAUCAUCAUGCCGGGCAUGAUCAGCCGUGCACUAUUUCCAGAUGACGUGGGCUGUGUCGUGCCCUCCGAGUGCCUGCGGGCCUGCGGGGCCGAGAUUGGCUGCUCCAACAUCGCCUAUCCCAAGCUGGUCAUGGAACUGAUGCCCAUCGGUCUGCGGGGACUGAUGGUCGCAGUGAUGAUGGCGGCGCUCAUGUCGUCGUUGACCUCCAUCUUCAACAGCAGCAGCACACUCUUCACCAUGGACAUCUGGAGGCGGGUGCGGCCCCAGGCAGGCGAGCGGGAGCUGCUACUGGUGGGACGGCUGGUCAUUGUGGUGCUCAUCGGCGUUAGCCUGGCCUGGAUCCCCAUCCUGCAGGGCUCCAACGGUGGGCAGCUCUUCAUCUACAUGCAGUCAGUGACCAGCUCCCUGGCCCCCCCAGUGACUGCGGUCUUCACCUUGGGCAUCUUCUGGCGGCGUGCCAAUGAGCAGGGGGCCUUCUGGGGCCUGAUGGCAGGGCUGGCAGUGGGUGCCACAAGGCUGGUGCUGGAAUUCCUCUACCCGGCUCCGCCCUGUGGUGUGGCCGACGUGCGGCCUGCCAUCCUUCGAAGUUUCCACUACCUGCACUUUGCCAUCGUCCUCUUCGCCCUCAGUGGAGCCGUGGUGGUGGUUGGGAGCCUGCUGACACCACCACCCCAGGGAGCUCAGAUCCAGAACCUCACCUGGUGGACUCUAGCUCCGGACCAGCUCCCGGGAGUCAAAGCAGGUGAUGCCCAGAAACAUGCUUUCUGGACCCGUGUCUGUGGCUUUAACGCCAUCCUUCUCAUGUGCGUCAACAUCUUUUUCUAUGCUUACUUUGCCUGACCGAGGUCCGGGUGGGAAGGUGGGAGUGCUCGGGGCCCUGGGCCCCCUCCCUAAUGAGGACACCAAGGCCACAGAGGGUGAAUCCCUCACGUCUGCAUGGCAGCCAGGUCAGUGCCAGGGACUGGCCCUGCCAGCAAAGCAGAACCCUGAAAAAUCAGGGAGGGAAUGGGAGAAAAGAAUGUGACACUUCAAAAGUGGUAGUCGUAAGUGGAAAGAAAAUUAGAUUUCUGAUGGAUGUCCUCAAA